AAUCUUUUUUUUUUUUACGAAAAUAUUUAUUUAAAUUUUCUAUACGUUCGAAGACAGUGACGUAACGACGCCUGAAGCACGUGAUCCGGCUGUGUUUUUGACCAUGUGGAUGUGGAUUUUGUUUCUAACUGCGGAAUAGAAUGACAUUACACCCGAUAUAAGCUUUAGGUAGUGCCGUUAUAUGGAAGCUUUAAGAUGAAUAAACCUGGCUGCCGCGCUGGGAGAAGAGCGAGGAAAAAAAGACGGGAAAAACACGAGGAUGUAUACAAAGUGACUCUGACUCACGAAGCUCAGUUUGUUGUUUUGAGGAGAUGGCUAAAAGGAAAAGGAUUCACCUCACAGACUCUCAUCCCUGUCAACUUCCAUGAUACUGGAAGAGGGCUUAUGGCAAAUCAAACUAUCAAGGCCAAAGACAGUGUGAUUUCCUUGCCUGAGAAAUGCUUCCUGACCACCGAGACAGUUCUCAAGAGUUACAUGGGUGACUAUAUAAAAAGAUGGCAUCCUCCUGUAUCUCCUCUUCUUGCUCUUUGUUGUUUCCUGAUUGCUGAGAGACAUCGUGGAGAUGCAUCAGAGUGGAGUCCCUACAUUAAUAUCCUCCCAAAGACCUACACAUGCCCUGUGUACUUCCGUGAUGAUAUCAUUGACCUUCUGCCGAGGAGUCUCCAGAAGAAAGCCGACGAGCAGAAAGAACAGUUUCAGGAACUCUACUGUUCUUCAUUGAUGUUUUUCCACUCCCUCCAGCCACUCUUCACCCAGCCCUCAGAGGAGUUGUUUACCCAGGAUGCACUGCGGUGGGCUUGGUUUAGCAUUAAUACACGUACGGUGUACAUGGAGCAUGAUCAGAGUGACUAUCUCUCCAGGGAGAAGGAUAUCUAUGCGCUUGCACCGUACCUGGACCUGUUGAACCACUGUCCUAAUGUACAAGUUGAAGCUGGCUUUAACAAACAAACUCGCUGUUACGAAGUUAAAAGUGUUCAAGGCUGUAAGAAGUUCCAGCAAGCGCUCAUCAAUUACGGCCCUCAUGAUAAUAACAGACUACUUCUGGAAUAUGGCUUUGUUGCCUCUGGUAACCCCCACAGUGUAGUAUAUGUUGAUUUAGGAACUCUAAAAUUCUGUCUAGAUGAAAAAGACAAACAGCUAACACAAAAACUACUCUAUCUAAGGGACAAUGAUUUUUUAAGAAACUUAACGUUUGGGAUGGAUGGCCCUUCCUGGCGACUGAUGACUGCACUGAGACUGCUGUCCUUAAAACCUGAGCAAUAUUCUUGUUGGAAGAGUGUCCUCUUGGGGGCAGCAGUGAGCCGGGAUAGAGAAGAGUGGUGCAUUCACUCUGCCCUAAAGCUUUGCAAUAACCUCAACAGUGACAAUGUCAAGGCACUAGAGAGGCUAUCAAAGCUCAAAAAGGGGGCAAACCUGUCUCUCCUUGAACAACUGUGUGUGGUUGAGAGCCUGAGACAAGAGGAGCAAAGGAUUCUGGAACACACACGAGUGGUUCUUCAAAACCUCUGGGGACAAUAGUCACUGUGGUAACAGUAGGGCAUUCGGAACACUGAGGAACCAGAAGCCUCAUGCUGUCACUGCCAAGAUUCAAACAUAAGCCAAGAGCAAGCAGAUAUGGUUCAGCUUUGUGCUACAGCUCUUAACUGAAUCACCUCCAAAACUGCAGGGAGUCCAAAAUACUUAAAAGAAUACUUCACUCAGAAUUGAACAUUCUGUCAUUUACUCACCCUUAUGACUUUUUCUUCUGUGGAACACAGAAGGAGACAUUUUGAAGAAUGUUCAUGCUGCACUUUUCUAUCAGUGCUGUUAUUAGAAAGAAGAAAUGUUGCAACGGCCAACUAACUAAAAAUUAGUUGAAGUUCUAAAAUGACUAAAAAUGAAAAUA